GUUUUCUGCUGCUGUCAAAAGUUUCAGUCCGAUUUCGCUUGUAGAACUUUCCUCCACCAAAGUGUGUAGAAGUUGUAUCGUUUCCUUCUGUGAAUAAAUCCGGAAUUUCCGCUGCUAAAAAUGUCCUACGUCGCCAGGAAAGGACCCCAAGUAGUUUCGGCUCUCGGUCGGUGGGCGUACAACCUGUCCGGAUUCAACCAGUACGGUCUGCACCGUGACGAUUGCCUGUACGAGGAUGACGACGUCAAGGAGGCGAUCCGCCGCCUGCCGGAGAAGCUGAAGGACGAACGCAACUAUCGCAUCACCCGGGCGUUGCACCUCUCGCUCACCAAGACCAUCCUGCCCAAGGAGCAGUGGACCAAGUACGAGGAGGACACCAAGUAUCUGGAACCGUACCUGGAGGAGGUCAAGCGCGAACGGGACGAGAUGGCCAAGUGGGAGGCCAACAAGUAAGGAUGCGGAUGUGCUUGAAAAGCGCGAACAGCCGUACCACUAUUACUGUUGGAAUGUAAAUGCACCGUUUUAGGGGGGUUUCCGCAGGGGGAUGUCCCGCGGAAAUGAAUCAAAGCUUAGGGGAAUAAUAAACUGAAAUCUGGAACGUAU